AUGUUUAUGAACAAAAAAUUAAAAAACUCAAACUUGAAUUUGAAGAUACUUAUCAACAAAUCGAGAAAGAAGCUGUCAAAGUUAUCGAUAAAAUAAAAGAAAAAAUUAAAGAGAAAAAUAAGAUUAUUGAUGAAUUGAAUCAAUAUGAGCAAGAAAAACUAUUCAACCAAGUUUAUACGGCUGUAAAUGAUUUUACUGGUGAAACUUAUAAUUUUGUUGAAUUAAAAGAAGAAUUGGUAGAGAAUACCAUACAAAAAGACAAAGAAAAUAAAGAAAUUGAUAUAAAGAAAUUAGAUAAAAAUGAUAAUAAAGAAGCAAAUAUAAAUAAAGAACCAGAAGAUCUUUUGAAAUAUAAUUAUGUUUAUCAUGAAACAUUUGGUAAAAAAUCUGAAAAUGAAUUAUAUUAUGAAUCUGAUAAUAGAAGUUGA